UUCCAAGGAAAUGACUCACGGCGGUUGGCAGGGCUCUGGCGAGGCUGGCCCCGGCCCCGCGCUCCAGCCCGCAGCAGAUGCCUGCCCGGCCCUCCCUCGCCGGCCAAACCCACUCGGAGCCCGCGGCUGCGGGAGCGCCCUGCGCAACCGUUGGACGCGGGCGGCGGGGACACGGCCGGCGCUUCCCGCAGGCGUCCGCCCUGUCCGCGCCCCCCUCAGCCGCGGGGCUGCCUCUCCCCCCGCCUUUGCGGCCCCAGCCGGGCACUCCGGAAAGUUGCUAGGGCCGAGGAGGCGGGAGGGGAGGAAGGGAGGAGAGAGGCGGAGGCGUGGACCAGGCGGGCAGCAGCCGAGCCCGCCGGGGAGUGAUCCUCCGACUGUGAAAAACCAAACCUCUCGCUGCCUGGCUCCCUAGGAACCAAGGAGAGGCACAGACUGAAAAUCGGGGAGAAGAGGAACAAGAUCAAGGACGAGGAUUAGCAUCUGCAAAUUGAACUCCAUCUAAUUUGCAUGUUUAUUUCUUAGAAUUGUAAUUAAAUUUGUGUAAUAAAUGUUUUCCAUUUCAUUUGUACACUUAAAAUUUGGGUGACUGACAUGCAGUUAAGUGAAUUUCUUUUUUUUUUUAAGCAAAUGUAGUUUAUUGAAUAAAUCAGCAAACAAAUAUUAAACACAAUUAGAACUAAUCUGCUUUGAAGGUAUUUUUGUUGAACUUUGUCCAUUAAAGACUCUCGGAGGUUUUAAGGGUAUUAGGAAGCUGAGAGAAGGCAAUUAUGCUGAAAACAGACUAACUCCACAGACUUCCAGGAGCAUUAUUUCAUUUUUUCCAAAAGACAUUUUGGGUUGCAUGUCUAAAAUUGGGAAUUGGGCCUCGAUCUUGGUUUUAUUCUGAACCAUAUUAAAUUUCAUUGGUUCAUGCACGAUAUAGGCCAUUAUGAUGACAGUUUAGGAAUUGUAAAGAUGCCAUUUUGUGCAAUCAAUGGGUGUUGCAUGCCCAUCUUAUGAGUGGAAUAAAUUUUCUUUCAGGUGGAAGAGGUGGGUAAGGAAAGGCAUAAGGGCAUUUAAAAGCAGUGCAAGUACUUGAAAAUCUAAAUCAGUAUCUAAAACUGGUUAGUGUCUAACUGAAAUAAAGAACUAAAUGUGAA